UGAUCCUGCAAAAUGAACACUCCCACCCAAUUGGCGGAGACGAAGACGCCAGAACAGCGCCCAAUCAAGCGCCACCACACGCCGCGCUAUUACGCACAGCGUGUCAAGGACAGCCUAACCACGCGCGUCUCCAAGCUCAUAUGCGCCGUCUUCUUGGGCUUGUUGUUCAUUGUGGGUAUCAUAACGUUUAUUCUGUGGCUUAGUUUACGACCCCACCGGCCCCGAUUUUUCAUUCACCAUUUUUCAGUUUUGGGUUUGGGCCUCGAUAACGGCUACAAAAAUCCCGAAAUUGUCUUCAACGUCACGGCCCGAAACUCCAAUCUCAACAUUGGGAUCUACUACGAUUCCAUGGUCGGUUCGGUUUAUUAUAAGAACCAGAAAAUCGGGUCCACGCCGCUGCUGGAUGAGUACUAUGAAGGCCCGAAGACUACCAAGGUGCUGACGGCGGCGCUUAGUGGAGGGACGUUGAACGUCGACCGGCAUCGGUGGAUGGAAUUUACUAAAGAGCGGUCUAAGGGAGCCGUGGGUUUCCGGUUGGAGAUUUCGUCGACCAUCCGGUUUAGAAUAUCCGCUUGGGAUAGUAAGCACCAUGGUAUGCACGCUAAUUGUGACGUGUCGGUGGGCCGUGAUGGGUUGAUUUUGCCUUCUUCCAUGGACGUGAGGUGCCCGGUCUACUUUUCAUGAUUUUAAUGCUUUUUCUUUUUUGUUAUUAUUAUUAUUAUUAUUAUUAUUUUCAAUAAAAUAGAUUUUGAGUUCGGGUUUGUAAAUUUGUUCGAUUAAUUGUUGGUGUGACCAACCGGACUUCA